CCUGGCCGCUUUAAUUUCACUAAUAACCGAGGGAAGUGACGGCCAACUCACGCGCCGUUGCCUCAACAAAGAGAAGAGUUGUGCGCAGAACACACGCACGCACGCACGCACGCACACACACACACACAGUAAUGAGAGGAUUUUACCUGCGCGCACCUAUGUAACGUCUACAGCCAUGGGCGGCAAUGUGAGACGAUAACCUUCGCGCGUCCGCGCCCGAACCGAGCGGCAUGCGUUCAUUUGUGCGCCUGUUGACCCGGCUCCUCAUCAACCCAAUGAGCGCCGUGGAGGGGAGGCUCUCUUCGCCACCCUGCAUCUCUCCACCAUCUCUUCCUCACUUUUCCAGUCGGCCAGCGAGCCUGUCGGAGCUCCCAACUACAAUCCCAACACUGUCACUGCGCCUUGACUAACUGCAGGAAGGAUUUCUAACGUCUCGCCUCCCCGCUUUAAGCUCAUUUCCCCAACGCCUCGAAUCAGACGCUUUGGACUUUUUUUUCCCUCCCCUGUGCGUAUUUUGAAGGAAAAGGCGAUGAAAUGGUGCAGCAGCAGAGAAGAAUGCAAGUCUCACUUGUCUACCCCUCGGAAUAACGCCAAAUGGAUGCUGUGCUGAGUGCCUCACCCCCUCACCAACUGCUAUGGAGGCAUGCCAAGCCAUGCAAGUGACCUUUAUCACACCAUGAAUGCACGCUCUGCCGUUCAAAGAGGACACAAGUAACCUUUUCUUGUUAUCUAAGAAGGAGCUGUUGAUCUGACGAGAGGAGGGGCGGGGGGGAAACAAGAGAGCGAGAGCGAGGAGAGUCUCGUCGAGCAAACAAACAAACAAAUAAAACACACAACGACAGGAUGCCAAAGCGGUCCGAGGAGAUGCUCAUGGAUCUGUGGAUGUCCUUGCUGCUGGUGUGGAUUACUUGUGUUCCCUGCGUGUCUGUGACUCCUAUCACAGGCCAGUCCAAAAGUACACAAACUGGUGGGUCCACAGCAGUGGCGAGCGGUCUUGGCGAAGGACAAAGAUUACUGAGCCGCGCCAAGAGAGGAUGGGUUUGGAAUCAAAUGUUUGUGCUGGAGGAAUUUUCUGGACCCGAUCCAAUUCUAGUUGGCAGGCUCCACACGGACUUGGAUGUGGGCAGCAAGAACAUCAAGUACGUCCUGGCGGGCGAAGGGGCAGGCACCAUCUUUGCCAUCAACGAGCUGACGGGCGACAUCCACGCCAUGAAGAGGCUGGACCGAGAGGAAAAGGCCGAGUACACGCUAACAGCCCAGGUCAUUAACGCUGACACGGACGAGCCGCUGGAGCCGCCGUCCGAGUUCAUCAUCAAAGUCCAGGACAUAAAUGACAAUCCGCCACAGUUCAUCGAAGGCCCGUACCGAGCGUCUGUUCCAGAAAUGUCCGCCGUUGGUACCCCGGUUACCCGGGUAACGGCAACAGAUGCCGACGAUCCGGUGUACGGGAACAGCGCUAAACUGGUCUACAGCAUACUGGAGGGGCAGCCGUAUUUCUCCGUGGACCCCAACUCAGCGACCAUAAAGAUUGCGCUCCACGGGAUGGAUCGGGAGAUGAGAGAGGAGUACCUGGUGGUCAUUCAGGCAAAGGACAUGGGAGGUCACAUGGGGGGCCUGUCCGGAACGACAACCGUCACCAUCACGCUAACGGACAUUAACGACAACCCGCCCAAGUUCUCCAAGAGUCUGUACGAGUUUAUAAUCCCUGAAGACCUGCCGCUGGGGAAAAUGGGCGGAAAGGUGAAAGCAAAUGACCGGGACAUCGGGGAAAACGCCAAGUCCACGUACAACGUCAUCGAGGGCAACGACCAAGGCGUGUUUGAGAUCGUGACGGACCCGCAGACGCAAGAGGGGAUUCUACGACUGAAAAAGCCGUUGGACUACGAGAGCAAGCGCGCCUACACUCUGAAAGUGGAGGCCACCAACAUCCGCUCGGAGCUGAGCAGCGGCGGGCCGUUCAAAGACACGGCCACGGUGAAGGUGGUGGUGGAGGACGCCGACGAGCCGCCGGUCUUCUCCAAACCCUUGUACCUGCUGGAGGUGAACGAGAACGCGCCCAUCAACACGGUCAUCGGGACCGUCACCGCCAGGGAUCCGGACUCCAGCGGGAGCCUGGUCAGGUACUCCAUUGAUCGGCACACGGACAUGGAGAGGCAGUUCAACAUCAACUUCGACGACGGGAAGAUCACCCUGGCGAAGGCGCUGGACCGCGAGACAGACAUGUGGCACAACAUCACAGUAACCGCUACAGAAGUCAAAAAUCACAGUCAGGUAUCGAGGGCAAUCGUGGCCAUCAGAGUAAUGGACAUUAACGAUAACGCUCCUGAAUUCGCCACCGAAUAUGAGGCCUUUCUGUGCGAAAAUGGAAAACCUGGACAGGUGAUCCAGACUGUCAGCGCCGUGGACAAAGACGACCCCAUCCAGGGACACUACUUUGACUAUCGCCUGGUCCCGGAGAUGCUCAACAAUCCGAAUUUCACCAUCAAAAACAAUCAAGACAAUUCAAUCAGCGUUCUAGCCAAGCACGAUACCUUCCGACGACAGAAGCAGGAGAUGUAUUUCCUGCCAAUCAUCGUGACGGACAACGGGAAUCCACCGAUGAGCAGCACCAACACUCUGACCAUCCGGGUGUGCGGCUGCAGCAAGGAGGGCAUCGUCCAGUCCUGCAACGUGGAGGCCUACGUCCUGCCCAUCGGCCUGAGUAUGGGAGCGCUCAUAGCCAUCCUGGCCUGCAUUAUACUGCUCUUAGUAAUAGUAGUUCUAUUUGUGACCCUGAGGAGACAUAAAAACGAGCCGCUGAUUAUUAAGGACGACGAGGACGUGAGGGAGAAUAUCAUCCGUUACGAUGACGAAGGGGGAGGCGAGGAGGACACGGAGGCCUUCGACAUCGCCACGCUGCAGAAUCCAGACGGCAUCAACGGUUACUUGCCGCGCAAGGACAUCAAGCCCGACCUGCAGUUCAUGCCCCGGGCGGGCCAGCACUCGGGCCCCAACGGCGUGGACGUGGACGAAUUCAUCAACGUCCGACUGCACGAGGCCGACAACGAUCCCACGGCCCCGCCCUAUGACUCCAUCCAGAUCUAUGGAUACGAGGGACGGGGGUCCAUCGCUGGCUCCCUCAGCUCACUGGAGACAGCGUCGUCAGACUCGGACCAGAACUAUGACUAUCUCAGAGAAUGGGGCCCGCGCUUCAGAAGACUUGGGGAGCUCUACUCGGUGGGCGAGAGCGACCGCGAGACCUGACCCUUGGUCUGUUAGGAAAAAAGACCUUUCAUAUUUUUUUCUUCUGUUCACAUACUUGUGUAUUAAAUGCUAGGGGGUUUGCUGGCUUUUAGAAACCGGUGUUUAAAAAGAAAAAAAAAGUUAAGUAUAAGGGAGGCCACCUUUUUGUAUUCUUCUUAGAGUGAGGUAUAGCAGUCGUCAUCCACUACGUCAGGCGCAUUGUACUUGUUGAGCCAAACAAUGUCUUUAUUAGGAGAUCUAUGAUACUUGUGGAGUGUAACUUAGAUUCCGUUGUGGAGUGUCUAGCAGUAUUUUGGGUGUUAGUCAUUUGCUGUGACUGCUGGUAGCAGUGAAAGCCCUGGGACUGCUGGUGGUUACCCAUCGACGGGAAGCGGCGGAUCGGCCGGAUCUCCAGGCGGACGCCGUGCUCCGCGGGCGGCGGGCCGGACUGCCGCAGACGGACUCUCGUGUCACAUGGACGAUGUGAAGCAGGCUGACAACGAAAAAGCAAUAUAUGGUCUACAUUACAACGAUGAAUGUAUGUAUGAUUUGAAAAAGGCAAAAAGACAAACGAGUAUUGGCUUUAAGGUGAAUUUGUUAUCAUUUGAUAUGUACUCUGGUGGCCACAUUUAUAAACUAUCUAAAGCCCGGAAAAGGCUUGCUUUAUACAACUCUUUGUAUUUACACGCUACUGUGUUACUAGCCUAUAAAAGACUGGAGCGAAGAUAAAAAAGAGAAAUGUAGAAACUCUGAGGCCUUCUUUUUACAGAAGCAACGUUAAAUACAAUUGUAAUCUACUGUUUUUUGACAAGAGACGUUGUCGAUUCUUCAUUACUGUUCUGAGUUUUUGUAUAUCUGUUCCUGAUUCAUUCCUUUCUGUGCUGACAAUUUUAAAGUGAGUGUGUUUAGAUGAGUUCACAUUCAAAUGUUUCUUUUUCUUUUCUCCAACCACUUGAACACUGUUCCAUAAUAGCCAAACUAUACUGUACCAUGAAUUUACCGCAGUUGCUGACUAGAUGUAAGCAGGUGAAACCAGAGCUGGACGCUAACGUAACAAUCCGGAUGGUCUAAAAAGUUGGGGACUAUGAGAAUGACACGUGCUAAAUCUAUGUAGAAACACAAUAUAUUCCGAGUUACCGCCAGUGACCAUCUGAGCACAAUGAUCCAAUUGAAUCCUGGAUGCAAAAUCUCAUUUAGGAAACGUUAGCCCACGUAAGACAAAAGAUACAGACCAUGUGCAUAUUGUGCUUACACUGUAUGAUAUCAAUAAAAAAAGACUUGUACUGUACAUAGAGUUACUGCUAAUGUCAUUAGCUUUCAAUGAGGUGGUAGGUUUUGUCUCUGCACGUUAGCUCUUGCACAUAAUGAGAAGUUCAAUGGCACUACAGCUGCGUGCAUACUCAGUUUGUACUGAUACAGUAUUAUGGCAGUUCUCGGUAGACUAAACAAUAUAUAUUGAAUAGUCCUACAUGCAGAUCAUAUUUUCUACUGUGCUUUAAUGCUUAUAAAUGUGUAUGUUCAAUUAUUUACUCCCUGUACUGUAAUCUAAGAUACCCUGUAUUGUUUCCUACUUUGUGAAAUAUAUUUUUAUAAAUA